GCGUGUGUCCGUGCGUCUCUGCGGAUACGACGCGCACGCCUCUCCAUCGGUGCCAAUUUUAUCCAGACACCACCGAACACCAAACUUUCCUUUCUUUUCUCCCUUCUUCCUCUUCCACCCACACCGCGCGUCAGGCUUUGGAGCAGGUGUCCGCGUUUGGAAUCGUCCCUAGAUCCCGUGCGUAAAGACUGCGGAUCAGGUGUGAGCAGACAUGAGUGCCUCUUUGGAGCGCCUGGUGGCUCAGAAGAAGGAGGCCAUCGAGGCGGUGAUGGACAUGCUGGAGCGAGGAGCCGAGGUUCUGGCCAGCGCUGUGGGCGAGUUCCUCCCCCUGUGCGAGGCCGCCGCCCCCCUGCUCCGUCUGGCCCUCGACAACGUCCAGAGCAAGGAGGUCUUCUACGUCAAAGAACAGUUCCUGACCGUGAGGAGGCAGCUGGACCUGCUCUCCACGCAGCUCCACGACAUCGACGCCGAGCUGCAGAGGGCCCGGCUGGACACGCAGUACUUCUCUGUGGAGGAGAACAUCAGGAACCAGUUCAGGAAGUACGUGGACAUCCUGGAGGCCAAGGCGCAGUUCAGGGAGGUGAAGACCCGGCUGUUUCUAGAGCAUUUCUCCAAGAGCGGAGGAGACAAGAACCUGCACGUGCUCUACAGCGCCAUGAUGGGGACCAAUCUGUUUGGGGAGUCUGUGUUGGAGCUGGUGGACAGGUACCUGGCCCAUAACCGGAGGCUCCUGGAGGACUUCUGCGUGCGCAUGAAGGAGCUGUUCUGUCUGGGCCUGAUCGCUCUGCUGGGGCACUGUGCUCUCACGCAGGGGCCUGAGGAGGAAGAGGAGCUCAUCGGGGAGUGGAGCGCCAGGAUGGAGGAGGUGGAGGCCAAGAUGAAGGACACCAUAGCGUCGUGUAUCGAGGCCUUCCCGGAGCAGGCCAAAGAGGACUCCCAGCGCUUCCUCCAGGAGAGCGAAGAGGAGGAGCUGCAGCAGGUGGCUGAGGCUCUACUCCAGGCCCUGCUGAAGAAGUACGACUGGGUGAGCUGGUCCGUGCGGGUCAUCAAGUGCUCGAGCAGCGCUUACAGGAGCUGGAGGGCGGGGGAGCACUUCCACCACAUCACAGGGGAUGCCUGGUUUGAGGUGCCCCCCGUCAGGCACCUGCUCCUGGUGGUGUCCUACAGCAGCGACCCCAGGCCCGUGCCCAGGCAGAGCAUCCAGGAGCUAGUGGAGGCCCAGAGCCGCAGAGCCGGCCCCCCUGCGCUGGUGGAGCACCUGACCACCCACCUCCAGAGCGACCGCCUCGUGGUCCACGCCAUCACCCGCCAUAAGGACUGUGCUGCGGCCUGGAGCUUCAGUGAUGACUGCCACUACUGGGACCGGCACAAGACGGGCGCACUGUGUGUCCACUCAGAGUGAGGACACGAGGCAGGUGCUCGGAGUAAGGACACGAGGUGGACUCUCCUUGUGUGUGCACUCUGAAUGAUGACACGAGGUGGGUGCUCUGUGUGUGUGCUAUCAGAUUGAGGACACGAGGCGGAUGUUCCCCCUCUGUGUGUGUGUGUGUGUGUGUGUGUGUGCACUCGGUGUGAGGACACUAGGUGGCUGCUCUCUAUGUGUUCUAUGUUUAACAAAGACAGUAUAUUCUUUUCUAAAGCUGCUUCAAAACAAAUAAAUUAUUAUCAACUGUAAAUUAAGAAUCUCAGGUUGGGAUGUGUGUAUUCUCUUGACCAAAGGCCUUACAGCUCCUCAGACGUAUUUGACCUUCUACAUGCUAACUGUCCAUGUGUGCUCCUCCUGCCCCGCUGUUCACACUCACAACUGAGACCUAUGCUUCCUCUUAAGUUCUGGAUCGAUCCAUAGACUGUACAGAUGGACAAAAGUAGCCCCGUUAGCCGCAGCAAGACUAGAGUCAUUUCACUUUCUAUUGUAAAAUGGUGGCCCCUUUCUCUGUAACUGCUGCUGCGGCUCAAUCUUAAAAUGUCCGUAUCCACCCGCUCUACAUGAUCCUGCUGUUUUUAUCUCACUAUUUUAUCUGUAAAUCAAUAACAGACCAAUCAGGCGCCUUCUUUCCCCGAGGUCAGACACGUGCUAUUGUUAACAACGGGUUUGAUUGACAGCUGUCAUGCCUUGUUGCUAAGCGUCCACCCAACAGCUCAACCAACAGUGUGAGUAUCUUCAACAACCUCGCUCCUGAUUGGCUCUUUGACAAUGACACUCAGAAUUCCAAUUAUGGAACUUUGCCCCAAAUUAGCCGCUAUAACUGGUAGAUUUGACUGGCUUCAUUUGGUUCCAACUGAACGCUACGGAUGACGUCACGCUCCCUUGAUCCAUUUCUUUACAGUCUAUGGUUUAGUCCUAGUUCUGUGUGUGUGUGUGUGUGUGUGUGUGAACGGUGCCUUUAUAUUAGAUAUUUACCAUGUUCUGAAAAAGAAUAAUACUAACAUUCACUCACUUAAUAAACAAUGCACCAUAUCAGUGUUGCUAUGACAAUAAACAGUAUUUCACUCA